AUGUUUGAUAAGAGUCUGGUCCUGAACACAUACUUACGCGUUAACGUGUUUGUACAACACGUUUUGGCCCUAACGGCCUUCCAUAUUCCUGACGCCCACACCGUCCAAAACUUUGACGCUCUCGCCGGUGGCGGCGUGAACGCACAGACAGACGAACACGUCAGCCAACACUUUUUUGACUGUCUGAGUGUGUGUGUGUGUGUGUUUUCUAGUGUGGAUCAUGGAGGAGAAUCCAGGAUUACAGCAGGACUGAACAAAUAUGCCUGUUUUCUCACACUGGAUCCAAACACAGCAAACACUGAACUCAGACUGUCUGAGGAGAACAGCAAGGUGACACGUGUGGAAGAUGAAGAGUAUCCUGAUCAUCCAGACAGAUUUGAUGUGUGUCAGGUGUUGUGUAGAGAGAGUGUGUGUGGACGCUGUUACUGGGAGAUUGAGUGGAGUGGAGAGCAUGUGUUUAUAUCAGUGUCAUAUAAGAGCAUCAGCAGGAAGGGACGGGGUGAUGAGUGUCGGUUUGGAUUUAAUGAUCAGUCCUGGAGUUUGAUCUGCUCUCCUGACAGAUACUCAUUCAGACACAAUAAGAUAAAGACUGAUCUCCCUGUGAAGCCCAUCAGUCGUAGAACAGGAGAGUAUGGUGAUAUUAUCUAUAGAGUAGGAGUGUAUGGUCAUGAUAUCUAUAAAAUAGGAGUGUAUGUGGAUGUGAGUGCAGGAACUCUGUCCUUCUACAGCGUCUCUGACACAAUGAGUCUCAUCCACACAGAACAGACCACAUUCACUCAGCCGCUCUGUCCUGGGUUUAAUGUUGGUUCUGGAUCAUCAGUGAAACUGUGUUGAUGAAUCAGAAUAGACUGAUGAGAGAUUGUACCCAUAAUGCUUUAAGCUGGUGAUGAAUCAGUAAGAGUGAGAUGUUAUUGAGUCUCUUCAUGACAUUAAUACUGCAGCUCAACUUCUGUCACU